AAAGCUUUCGAAGGGAAGAGGAACAUAUGAAUGGAUUUAAGACUUUUAAAAAGAAGUCAUAACUAGGUACCUUACAAAUAGAUGUUUAUUUAGCCAUCUUCAUAACAUAUGAAAACAUCUAAAAUACUUAGUUUUAAUCGAUCUCCUGAUAUACUUGGCAAGGAGAAAGAAUGGCAUCUGAAAGUAAAUAUCCCGAUCUAACAGGCUUCAAAGCUCUAAGCUUCGACUGCUACGGCACACUCAUCGACUGGGAGACCGGUUUCUCAAGUACCGUCCGAAUACUCACAUCGCAGCUCCCGCCCACACAUCCCCUCAACACCGACCCGCCGAUAGAAGCCAUGCGGCGCCUCAACGCCAUCACCAACGUCUACGAGCACAAGCAGCCCACAUUCCCGUACAACGAGAUCCUCGCCGAGUCCAUCACCGCCUUCGCGCGCGACGAGCUCAAGCUCCCCGGGCUGCCGGACAGCAUCGCCGAGCCCUUCGGCAACUCGCCCGGGUCUUGGGCACCAUUCGCCGACACCAUCCCCGCACUGCUAAAGCUACAAAAGCGCUACAAGCUCGCGAUCCUGUCCAACGUCGACAACAACAACAUCGCGGCAACGGUGGACCAGCGGUUGGCCCCCGCGCGCUUCGACGCGGUCUACACGGCGCAGGACAUCGGGUCGUACAAGCCGUCGCACAGGAACUUCGAGUAUCUGUUCGGGCGUCUGCGCGCGGAUCUCGGCAUCGACAGGGACCAGGGCGAGCUGCUGCAUGUUGCGCGCAGCUUGACGGCCGAUCAUGUGCCGGCGAAGGAGCUGGGGCUGCCGAGCGUGUGGAUAUCGAGGGGUGGGGAGCGCGAGGACGCGCAGGGGGUCGGGGGCAGCUAUACGGAGUUGAAGGAUAAGGUGGCGUUUGGAUGGCGGUUUGAUACUUUGGGUGACUUCGCGGAUGAAGUUGAGAGGCAGUUUGCUGCUAAAGAGAAGUCGUGAUGAGAUAGGGGAACAUGGGGGUAACGGAGUAGGUUGUAGAUGAAGAGAAAGAAAUAAAGACCCUCGUGUAAGAACUACGGUGAUAGUGACGCCGAAGUGUAUAACUUAUUUCUUACGACCGAAUAAGAUAUCAUCUCCCUUGAUACCAUACCUAGAUAUACUCAAUCACUCCUCCCACCCAUCCUCAUAUCCCCAUCUCCGUC